AUGACCCCAAAUGCCACAACAGUCCAAAUCCCCGUUCCCGAUGCGACCACUCUCGGUGCGGAUGCGUUUAACCCGUGUGCAUUAAACAUCUUGGGAAGCACGGCUUAUGGUUCGAUCACAUGUCCAGCCGUAGCUGGUCCUCCUGCCGGCUGUGUGGAUCUGGCUCCGGCGCUAUCCGGCGCAAAUCCAGUCCAGAUGGGUUUGAAUCCGCUCGGUCUGGCCGCUUCAUAUCCGAAUCCGGUAUCCGGUGCCUGUCUCCUGUCCGGUUUGCCUGUCCCAUCUGCGACUGGACCGCCAACUGCAUACAAUCCCGCGGCUGCGAUGCAUCCGACCACGUCCCCAAGUGGCAGUUGGUGCCUUUUCGUGUCCAACCUGACUCCGGAUACGGAAGAGGCUACAUUGUGGCGUCUGUUUGGCCCGUUUGGAGCUGUACGUUCCGUGAAAGUCGUCCGGGACCCGGGCACUAAUCGUUGCCGUGGUUUCGGUUUUGUCAAUAUGACUAACUAUGCUGAGGCGGUGUUGGCCAUUCAUCAUUUGAACGGGUUAGUUUGCCUCAGACGUGAGGAAAUUUCGGUACUCCGUUGUUGCACUAUUCAUUCGCUUGUUUGA